AUGUUGAGAUCACAAUUAAUCAGAGCAUCAUCCAUAAAUAAAAAGAUCUACAUCAAGCCAAUCAGAUUCUAUGCUUCUAGUUCCCCUUCAGAUUAUCUAAAAUGGAAAGAGUUGAAAGAUGAUGACAAGAGAGACUUUAUUAGUAAAUUUGUGGAAAGUUAUAGAUCCAAGCAUAAGAACACAAAGAAUUAUUAUAAGCAAUUAGCCAGUGAUAUGGAUGUACAUGGAGAUAUUCCUAGUGUUUUCGGGUUGUUGUAUAAUGAUUUGAUUGAGAAGAGUGUGAAUAAUGAGGUUACCAGUGAGUUUGAUGCUGAUUUCUUUGGGUUGUUGUACAAGAAGUGA